UCAUUCUCGCGGCAGGUUCAACACACACACCACAGCUCCUGCAGCUCUCUGGCAUUGGUGAUAAGGCACUUUUGAAGUCAUUCGGGAUUGAUUCCGUCUCCAAUCUUCCUGGUGUUGGCCAAAACUUCCAAGAUCAUCCUACCCUCUUCGUCGACGGAUCCUUCGUGCACGAUUUGAAUCCAAGCCCUACCAAUUUGACCAACGCCACUUGGGUAGAGGAGCAACGUAUCCUCUAUGAAACAGACAAGAAGGCAUUCUUGCCAUUGAGUGUGCUGACCGACCGCAGCUCAGAUUUCAUGUCGAUUCUUCAGCGGCAGUCUCCCGCAGACUACCUUCCAAGGGGGAUUGACGGAACUAUCAUUGCUGGAGCACUAGAACAACGUAAAGUCGUCUUGGGUGGUAUUCGGUCAGGGUCUAUUGCCUUUGCAGAGUAUGCUGGCGGUGCAACUCCCUCAAUGGCUCUCAGCCUCCAAAAACCUUUCUCUCGUGGGUCCGUCAAAAUCAAUUCGACCGAUCCCUUCGCCGACCCAGUAGUCGACUAUGCCACAUUUAAGAACCCUAUUGAUCUCGAAGUUACUGUUGAGAUGGUCAAAGGUUGGCGUAAGCUGCUCAGGUUGCCAUCCUGGGUUGCUUUGGGCGCCAUCGAAUCAACACCUGGUACCAAUGUGACGUCCAAUGACGCCUUACGUGCAUUUAUUCAAUCUUCUAUGAGACCCACCGAUGCCCAUCCUUGCUGUACCGCAGCUAUGAUGCCACAGCAUCUUGGAGGCGUCGUGGCUUCCGACUUGAAGGUCUAUGGUGUCAAUAAUCUCUCCGUUAUUGAUGCAUCUGUUAUGCCUAUUAUUCCAUCCACACAUCUAUCGGCAACGGUAUAUGCUGUUGCAGAAAAGAUCGAAUAUGUGGACAUAUCCCCUACGAUGGCCAUAUCGGAUUUAAUCCCGUUCUCGGCUUACAAACGCCGGGUGAACGCCAACUCCGAGCUUAGAUCCUACCCUCUCCUCAUGUGUGACCGUCGAGACUCACCUGCGGGAAGGUUGCCCAGAGAAUUAUGGUGGAUAAUCCUUGACAUG